UCUCCGCGGGUGCGGUCGCGAGGGCGGGAGCGUGGCCCCGCAGCUGUCCGGUGCGCCGCGUUCUCAAGUUCUCAGUGGCGUUGCCGGCAUCGUCCCCUGGGCGGCCGCUCGCGUCGCGGUUCCUGAGCAGGCCCGGCUCUGCCGGGAGCGACAACGAAGCCCUGGAGAAGCCACCGUCCCCACCGGCGCCUCCGCGGGCGCAGAAGUCGCCCGGGCUGGGGAAGGCGGCAGUCGCCCCCAACCGCCGCCUGGGCACGGUCCGCGGCGGGCUAAUGUCGUCGCCACCGGGCCGCCGCGCCCGCCUGUCGUCCCCUGGGACGAGCCGCCAGACCCCCGACGCCCGCGAGGAGGUGCGGCACCGCCUGAAGGACCUCAUCGAGGGCAACCGGGUGAUGAUCUUCAGCAAGAGUUACUGUCCACACAGCACGAGGGUUAAGGAACUCUUUUCAUCCUUAGGAGUGGACUACAACAUCCUGGAACUUGAUCAAGUUGAUGAUGGAGCCAGUGUUCAGGAAGUGCUGACAGAAAUCAGUAACCAGAAAACAGUGCCCAAUAUUUUUGUGAAUAAAGUGCACGUGGGCGGAUGUGACCGAACUUUCCAGGCACAUAAGAACGGUUUACUGCAGAAGCUCCUUCAGGAAGACUCGGCUCAUGAUUAUGAUCUCAUCGUCAUUGGCGGGGGCUCUGGCGGCCUCUCCUGUGCAAAGGAAGCUGCCAACUUGGGAAAGAAGGUCAUGGUGCUAGACUUUGUGGUCCCAUCGCCUCGGGGCUCAUCCUGGGGUUGGGCUUUGUCAGUUUGGAGCAGGGGACAGGGAAGGGAAGCUAGGGUCCUGACACUCUUGGCCUCAUCGUCGGGAAGGCCACACAUGGUUGAUGCCACUGUCCUGGGACUCACUCUGGCUCCUUGCCCCUUCUCGUGGCCACUGCUAUUGCUAACUUUGGGCCUGGGCGGCACCUGUGUCAAUGUGGGCUGUAUUCCUAAGAAGCUGAUGCACCAGGCAGCCCUCCUGGGGCAGGCCUUGCAGGACUCGAGGAAAUUUGGCUGGGAGUAUAACCAGCAGGUGAGACACAACUGGGAGGCCAUGACAGAAGCGAUCCAGAACCACAUCAGCUCCUUGAACUGGAGCUAUAGGCUGACCCUUCGCGAGAAAGGCGUGGCCUAUGUCAACUCCUAUGGGGAGUUUGUCGAGCUACAUAAAAUAAAGGCUACCAAUAAGAAAGGACAGGAAACGUUUUACACUGCUUCCAAGUUUGUCAUAGCAACAGGUGAAAGGCCACGGUACUUGGGAAUCCAAGGAGAUAAGGAAUACUGUAUUACAAGUGACGACCUUUUCUCCCUACGGUACUGCCCUGGCCGCACAUUAGUUGUAGGCGCCUCGUAUGUUGGUCUGGAAUGUGCAGGGUUUCUGGCUGGCUUGGGAUUAGACGUGACAGUUAUGGUACGCUCUGUCCUUCUUCGUGGCUUUGAUCAAGAAAUGGCAGAGAAAGUGGGAUCCUACCUGGAACAACACGGCGUCAAGUUCCAAAGGAAAUUUACCCCUGUUUCGGUUCAACAAGUGGAGAAAGGCUCGCCUGGGAAACUGAAAGUUGUGGCUAAGUCCACUGCAGGACCGGAAACAGUUGAAGAAGUAUACAACACGGUUUUGUUAGCAAUUGGUCGUGAAUCCUGUACUAGGAAAAUAGGCCUGGAGAAGAUCGGGGUCAAAAUCAAUGAGAAGACUGGCAAAAUACCAGUAAAUGAUGUGGAACAGACCAACGUGCCUCAUGUCUAUGCUAUUGGGGACGUACUGGAGGGCAAACCAGAGCUCACACCUGUUGCCAUACAGGCAGGCAAGCUGCUAGCUCGAAGACUCUUUGGGGCCUCUUUGGAAAAGUGUGAUUACAUUAACGUCCCAACAACGGUGUUCACACCUCUGGAAUAUGGCUGCUGUGGGCUGUCUGAAGAGAAAGCCAUCGAAGUGUAUAAAAAAGAGAAUCUGGAAGUGUAUCACACCUUGUUCUGGCCUCUGGAGUGGACAGUCGCUGGCAGAGACAAUAAUACCUGUUAUGCGAAGAUAAUCUGUAACAAGUUCGACAAUGAGCGUGUGGUGGGAUUUCACCUUCUGGGGCCAAAUGCUGGUGAAAUCACACAGGGAUUUGCAGCUGCUAUGAAGUGUGGGCUCACAAAGCAGCUACUGAAUGACACCAUUGGAAUCCAUCCCACAUGUGGUGAGGUCUUUACAACGUUGGAAAUCACCAAGUCCUCGGGGCUGGACAUUACUCAGAAAGGCUGCUGAGGCUAGCCCUGCUGUUGUUGGUUUCCCCUGUCACACUCUCGCUCUGUGCCCAUGACAUCUGCUUGGGCACUAGGGGACCAGUUCCGGGCUUUCUCCUGGCCCAGAGAUGAGAAGGUGGCAGAGGACCAGCAGCAGCAUCUGAAGUCUCUGCUGACGGCAUGCAGCGACCAGGCUGCAUCCUUGACGCCUUGGUUCGGAACCCACAGAGGUGAGCCAAGGCCGACUCCUGCACGUCAGCCUCGACUUCCCCCCACGAGGCCUUGGAUGGCACAGUGAGCCCGCCCCCUUUCCCAGUUGCCAGCGCUUUGACUCUCUGUUUUCAUGAAGAUACUAUAGUUUUCAGUGUGGACUUGUCUGUGAAGAGGUUUGUGGGCCUGGAGUGCAGCACCUAGGGAUUCAUGGUGUCUGGAGAGCAAGGUCAGAGCAGUUGGCUGCAUAAGACUGCUGCAUUAGCGGGAGGCCCAUGCACUGGAUGGCCUUUAAAAGGUACAUUUAACCUGCUGUCAGAAACCUGACUCCUACCUCACCCCUUGUACGUCUGAGGUGAGAACCCUGAAAUCACUCUCCUAGUCUCUGCACUAGCAGAGCACCGCAUAUAAGAGGAAAAUUGUUGUAUAGCUUUUCCAUGUUAAUCUUAAGGUCACUAUUAAAAAGAUUUUACUAUAGUCUGUGUGAUCUGA